AGUCAGAACAGAGACAGGAAUGGAAAAUGAAAAAUAGAGAAGAAGAAUGGUCGGGUUUGGAGUUCACAGUGAAAGAGGAAGAUUUUGAGUGGCUAAAGGGAUGUUGCGUAGGUUUAACCCGCUCAGUGGAGACUGUCCCGAUUCUGCAGGAGAGGUUCUACAUGGAAGGGUAUUUUUCAUGUAGACUUAGAGCUAUGGGGGGGAAAAUGGUCCUUAUGGAUUGUGAGGAUAAAGAAGAGCUUAAAGACUUAAUGCAACACACCUCUGAUUGGCUUGGCCAGUGGUUCUUAGAAGUAACAUCGUGGUCUCCCUCAAUGGUGGCAAAAGAGAGCUUCAACAACGACCUAGAGUCUGAUGAAUCAUGGUCUGAAGACAUCGAUUAUGAUGAUGGUUGUGACAAUGAUAGCAGAGAAGCAGAUAAAGAGACAAUCGUUGGUGAAGAAGAUGUGGCCAGAGACAACCUAGAGCAUGAAGGAAGAGGAAGUAGGUUGGUUGUAGCUCCAACACCCGAGGCAAAAUUUGAAUUGGAUGGAACAGGUAAUGAUGAGACACAGCUCAACAAGGGUGAUAGCCUCUCACAUAGCAGGGUGGGUGAUGAAGAGUCGGUAGAAAUGGUAACGAAUAGCUUUGACAUGGAAAUCGAAGAAGAUGACGUUGGUGACAGAGAAAGAGUUGGAGAGUGUGAAGUAGAAUUUAAAAAAGGGAGGCAAACUAGUUUAGGUCCAAUAGCAAGCUCAGGAAGAAUUGAAUCAGGCUUACAACUUCAACCCAAUCCAAAAACAUUGGGCCAGCAGAACAGAGCAGAAGGACAAAGGGGAAAAGAAGCAUGGGUUUCUGAAAAAGGCUUGGAGAAUUUACAAUUGGGAGAACACUCACGGUCUAAGGAGCGUGAAGGAGUGGAUGGGUGCGAUGCUGAAGCAGGGCAAGUAGAAAAGAAAGAAAAGAACCAAUUAGCCGAAGCAUGUAGCACGAUAUACAAAAGAUAUGUUCUUCCCGGAGUCAUGAACCAGAAGAAGAAAAACAAAGGCAAAUUUGGGUCGAGACAAGCAGAGGGGGAGGAAAUUCCGAAGUUCUAUCCAAGCACGAGCAACUCAAUAAGGAUUGGGGUGGUGGUAGAGGAAGAGGAGCUAAUCAUUAAAAAGCUCGAGGAGAUGGAGAAAUGGGAUAGAGCAACAACAGAGGUAGAAAACGCAAGAGGAGCAAGUAAAGCGCAGAAGGGACAGGCAAAUAUCCAAGGAUGGGCUGGGUUUCGACUUAAGGAAAAGUUGAAGAUCACUAAGGAAGCACUGAAGAAGUGGAGCAAAAACUUUGUCCCUUUAAUUAACAACAGAAUAAAAGAGGCUACAACACAGAUUGAGCAAUUAGAUUUGAAUGGGGAGUCAGAGCAACUAUCAGAUAAGGAGAUUGAAAGAAGAAGACAGGCUUUGCUAGCUUUAUGGAACAACAUAAGAUACAAGGAAAGUAUGCUACAACAAAAAUCUAGAAAAACAUGGUUAUCAAAUGGGGAUGCAAACACAAAGUUUUUCCAUAGCUGUGUGAAGGGGGGGUGGAAGAGGAAUGAAAUGAAUAGCAUACAAAUAAAAGGAGCUCAGUAUACGAAAGCUAGCAGAAUGAAAGAGGAGAUUGCUAGCUUUUUUCAAAACAUGUUUGUAGAAGAACAGUGGAAGAGGCCAACUUUAGAAGGAGUAAACUUCAAGAGAAUUUUUGCAAAAGAGAACAACUCUCUCACUACACCCUUUACCGAAGAAGAGAUUAAGACUGCGGUAUGGGACUGUGAAAGCUCAAAGGCACCAAGGCCCAAUGGAUUCAAUUUCAAAUUCAUCAAAAGUGAGUGGGAGACAAUCAAAGGGGAUGUCAUCGGUUUUCUACAGGAAUUCCAGAAAAAUGGCAAGUUGGUGAAAGGUCUAUAUACCUCCUUCAUAGUGAUGGUGCCAAAAGUAGAUAACUCACAGAAAAUUGAAGGAUACAGACCUAUCUCGCUUAUUGGGGCGGUGUAUAAAAUUCUUGCCAAAACUCUGGCUAACCAACUUAAGAAUGUUUUGGCUAGGGUAGUGGAUGAACAAAAAAUGGCAUUUAUAAGUGGAAGACAACUGAUGGAUGGGGUCAUGAUAGCAAAUGAGAUUGUGGAUGAAGCAAAAAAGAAGAAGAAGAAAGCCUUUAUGCUCAAGAUUGACUUCGAGAAAGCUUACGACAAGUGUCUGAGAUCUAGCAUGGUGUCUGUAUUACUCAAUGGCAGCCCAACAAGGCAAUUCACGGUUUUGAGAGGCCUUCGGCAAGGGGACCCACUGUCACCUUUCCUAUUUUUAAUCAUCGCAGAAGGGAUUAACGGGCUUGUCUCAAAAGCAAUACAAAAUGGGUUACUGGAAAGAGUGGAAGUAGGACUUAGAGGAUUCAAGGUCUCACACCUGCAAUAUGCAGAUGACACACUUCUGUUUGGUGAAGCCACCGAGGAAAAUGUCUGGGCCAUGAAGGGUAUUCUGAGAACAUUCGAGCUGGUGUCGGGGCUAAAGAUCAAUUUUAAUAAAAGCCAACUCAUUGGCAUUGGGGUAGAGGAAGAGUGGCUUGACAAGAUGGCAUGGAUAAUGUGCUGCAAAAAAGGGAAUCUGCCUUUCAAGUACUUAGGGAUCCCUAUUGGGGGUAGCUGCAGAAAGAUUUCCUUUUGGGAGCUGCUAGUGGAGGUUUUCCACAAGAAAUUAACAACAUGGAAGGGAAAGGAUUACAAAAUUUCACAAUUGGAAGGGUGGCUCAACGGAACAUGGACAUGGCAUUUGGAAUGGAGAAGAGGAUUGCACAGCUGGGAAGAACAAGAAGUAUCAGGGCUCAAUAAGAUGAUCAAAGAUAGUAUAAUCACAAGAGGAAAAGAUGAUAUAUGGGAGUGGACUCAUAGCAAAGACGGAGAUUACUCAACAAAGUUAGCUUACCAGGCACUCACAAGGGAGCACGGAAUGGAACAACAAGAGAUGGCUCUCCACAAAGUCUGGAACACAAUUGUACCAAACAAAAUUUCAGCAUUCUCGUGGCAAGUGCUAUAGGAUAAAAUACCUACAAAGAUUAAUUAAUCAAAAGGGAUUUGCUGGUUCCGUCGAAUUUCAUAAUCGAUGGGCAAAGCAAUUGUUAGUGGUGAUGUGGGACCCACUUGCAUGGAUUUAGUGUGUUUUCGCCUGAUAGCAUCUCACAUGGCAAAAAUUUUAACCAUGUCAUCACUUUUUGAAAUUUUGCUCUCCACGUCAUCAAAAAAAAUAUAAAAAAUGCCACGUAAAUAAGGUUAACGGCCCAAAUUAACAGAAGGACUAACGGAGUGCAUUUCGUAUAGUUGAGGGAUCAAAAAAGUGCAAAAAAUUCUCAAGGGACCAAAAAUGUGCAAACCACUAAAGUUGAGGGACCAAA